AGCUGGGCUAGCAUUGAGGCUGCUGUGUGCGUAUGCAGCCCCAGAUGGCUUUGAGCUGAGGCCCUGACACCGACGUACAUGCAAAGCAUUGCCUCCUAUGACUGUGAUUCAUUCACUGCUUCCUAGAUCAAGGGCUCUUAAACUUUUCUACUGAGUGGGCCAUAUCUUUCUAGAAAGACUGCCUCCCCGCCCAUUCACCACUGUGCAGGCCGGCUCCUCGCCUAUUCAUGAGUCCACAGCAGCCCUCUGGCAGCGAGUACUGGAGGUGGAAAAGUAACAGUGGGAAAGUGAUACAUUUUUAGAUGUUGUUCUUGCAAAACAACUGGAAAUGAAGCGAGCCAGCCCCAUGGACUGCUAGCAAGUGCUCCGUGGAGAAGAUAUUGGGAAACAUUGUCCUAAAGCUGCAGGCAGGAUACUGAAGCGCUGAAUGGAGCAGCAAUGUGACCUACAUUUCCCAAGGAAGCAAAGCCCCCCCAGCCCCCGGACCUUCCUCGGUGUCUGCACUAUGAAAUGAUGCAAGUGAAGCCCAUUCUGCCUCCUUAGCCAGACGUCUCGCCCUGCCGCCUCACCUCACGCCAUUCGCCGGGGACGGCAGGACAUGGCCAGCUCGGCGCCGUGGGCCCAGUGGGGAGAGGCGGGCCUUGGCCAUGUGUCUGGGCAGCGGCAGCGCUGGGAGGAGGAGGUGGAGCAGGGAUCUGAGGGGUACAUGGAGGAGAAUGGAGUUGCUAGACUGGACGAGAACGGACUAGUGGGUCACGCUGGCCAGUGGGGUGAAUCCCCGGCCCAGGAUCCCACUGAACUGGAGUUCCUGGGGAACGUCAGGCUUACGAAGGGGCCACCUUCACCCCAGGGGCUCUUGGCACAGAGUGACAGGAACUUCGACCUUAGCGAACUGCAGGAGUUUGAGUGGAGCAGUUCCCAAGGAGACAAUGCCAGGAGCCCACCCGCUGAUGAUGGCGAGGAGCUAGAGCAUGAUGGGACACAGGAGGACCCAACCUCCCCAGCCCAUUGGCACCCACAGAGAGACAGGCAGCUAGAAAUGACUGAAGAGGAUGAGGACCAAGCCAGCUCAGGAGACGUGGAGAGACAGGAGGGGGACUGGGAGGCAGGGAGCGAAGGGGAGGGCUCUUUCGAGGGCCAGUACAGCUCAGAGUACAGCACCAGCCCCGAUGCUCUGCAGGACACCCAGGCUCUGUACAGGGACUAUGCCAAAUCCUUCAGCUUCACCACAGACGGCGGAGAGGAGCUUUCGGGACACUCCGACGUCAGCCCGCCCCCCUCCAGCACCCUGCUGGAGCGCUCCCACAAGCCAAGCCAGACAACCGGAGCUGAUGUCUUUGACAGCCAGAGCCAACUCGGAGAGAGCCUUGAGUUCUCCGCAGAAACAGAGUUCUCAUUGCCCUCAAGCGGGCACCUGGACAGCCCCGAGCUGAGCCCUCUGGCCGAUUCCAGAUGCCAAAGCCUGAGCCGGAGCCUCGUGCACCACCUGUCUGUGGAAGACCUUGAGACUGCCCCGAGCAUCGACGCAGAGACCUUCCCAGAAUCUUCCUAUACUGAGAGCAUGGAGGAUGCCCCCCGAACCAUCUCCAAGGCAACCUUUGCUGCUCGAGCUAGGGCAUCCCACCGCCACCCUGUCCCUGCAGCCGAGCCUUCGGAGAGCUCAAGGCUCAAGGCAACAGAGGCUCCCCCUUCCCUACGGCACGCUGGCAGCCAGCAGCAGGACCGGGCUCGGAAGCUGAAGAAGGCCCUUUCCCCAGCUCUCCCUUCCAAGUUCAUCAGGCAGUCCAGGUCUCUGAGCCCUCGGGGGAACGCCAGUAAGCAGGCAGAGCGGUCUGGCUCACUGAAGUCAGGCCCCGCCAGGCCAUCCCUGGCUGCAGCCGAAACCUCGCGAUAUGGGCGAGGCCAGCUCAACUAUCCGCUGCCAGAUUUGUCCAAGGUGGAGCCGCGGGUGAAGUUCCCAAAGGACGAUCAGAGUUACCGCCCUCCGCGGGGCAGGACUCUGCCCAUGAGGGCCAGGGGGUCAGCGAACCCCGUGGUCUUCAAGUCUCCUGCGGAGAUCGUCCAGGAGGUGUUGCUCAGCAGCGCGGAGGGGUCCCCGCAAAAGUGCCCUACCCCUUCCACCACCAUGGUGCCUGAGGAGUUCAAGUCCCCACAGCAAGCCACUGAGCUGGUGAAGCAGCUGCAGGAGGACUACCACAGACUGCUGACCAAGUACGCUGAGGCUGAGAACACCAUUGACCGGCUGCGGCUGCGAGCAAAGGUGAGCUUGUACGCCGACCCGCCGAAGCCAAGUCACAGCGUUCACAUGGGGACCAUGGCCCACGGCUCCAAGGUCAUGGCUUUCAGCAUCCCACAGAUCCAGACAGCAGAGUUCAGCACCACUCCUGCUCCAGCCCUGCCAGCGGAUCUGGAUGAAGGGCCAUCGUCAGCACCAGGUGACCAGGCUCCAUCCUUUCUGACUCAUUCCACACUCACCGGUGUGGCUGGGGUUGAUGCCUGCACCUCUACGGAGAAACCGUUUCCAGAGGAUCCCCUGACACAGACUCUAGCGGGUCAGGCGAGGAAAUUUGAGAUGCAGGUAGAGUCCUUCGAGGGACUGAUCCAAAUGGGAAGACUCACCCCGCGGGACCAGCUCUCGGGAUUUGCGAGGCUGAAGGACGCACAGGAUGCUCUGGAGCGAGCAUAUCUGCAGGCCCGGGAAGAGUACCGCCUGCAGCAACAGCGCCCAGGCGCAGCGCGGCCCCUUGGGGACUUCGAUCCAGACAGAGCGGUGGAAGGGGAGAUUUUCCGCCUGGGAAUGCGCUUGGAGGAGCUGAAGGAUGGGAUUGACCGAGCGCUGCAGAGCCUGACCUCCCCGACAAGUUGCUCUGAGCCGGCCUUGCCUCCCAGCUGUUUGCCAGCCCUGGUCUCGGAGCCGCCACUCUCCUCCCCAAGACCAUCAGUUCAAGCCCCGAUCCCGGCCCUUCGCACUCCCUACCCUGAGGCCCCUGUUCCAAAGCAUGCCCAUGCCCAAAUGCAAGUGGACGCAGAGGUGAGUUCUGCGAGUGGCGAGACGGAGGAGGAGAGAGAAGAGCUUCCCGAGCCCCUUCGGCACAAGCAGCUUCAAGUGGAGAAGGACUUUGAUAACCUGCUGGACCACUACAAUAGCUUCAAGUCCUUGCCUGAAUCUCUGAGCAUGGAACAGCUGGGCCUGGAAGAGAACAACUCCCCACAGGAAGUGGAUGGCCCUGCUGCAGAGGAUACUGGGACGGCUGAGAGCCCUCACGGGAUGCUGUCAUUAAAGGAAGAGAGGAUCCAUGUGACCACUCAGCUGCAGCCCCCAGAGAGGAGGUCGCACACCCUGCAGCCAAGGGAACGCUGUCAGCUGGUCAGGAAGAGCAAUCGCUUGUCCUCUGUCCAGGGCGAGGAGUCCCUCCCUUGGAACAUGGCUAUUAAAGCCAGGUCCCAGGAUGCAAUCCCCAAGCCAUCCUUCGGGGGGCAGCAGGAGACACUAUCCCGCCAGAGCAGCAUGGCCAGCAUGGUGGGCAGCGCCAUUUCUGAGCACCUUCCGCAGAAGCCUUUCCGUCAGGCAAAAUCCUUACGAUCCGAGGAUCAACGCAUCGUGUCUCCAGAGACAGACAGCGGGUUUGUGGGGUCAGAGGCCAGCAGGGUGUCCCCGCUGACGCGCACCCCGGAGCAUCGUCCCUCUCACACUGCGACCCCCGGCAUGCUGGGAAGAUCUGGCCCCACAUCCAGCCCUGCUGCUCUUCGCACUUCCCUGCGGAAAGAGGCAGCCCCCCUGCCGUCGGAAAAGGAACUGCUGGGCACGUACACCUCCGCCAGCCAGGCGCCCCCCGGAGGCAGUGCCCGGAGACACAGCCUGCCCCGGGGCAGCCCCUCCCAAACCAGCUCCCCUCCCCAGUGGACAAACAGCAUCACCAGUGAGGUGGGACCAGACACAGACAUGACUCGCACAGACUCCGAGGCAGAGCAGCACAGCAGGGCCGGCGCUUCUGAUCACCGUCCCAGCAAAACUAGAUGCCCACCCAGCUCCACCACCACAUCGCUUUCCCCAGGCCGGGCUCACCACGGCCUCCUGGGCUCCCGCGUGGAACGAGACCAGGCUAUCCGGGCUCUGCAGGACGAGGUCUCGCGGCUUCGGCAGCGGCUGGAGGAGAGUUUGCACCGAUCCCGCAGCUACCCAGAGGGAAAGUCAUCCCCACGCACUGCUAGGAGCAGGAGGCAGCCUGUGGGGAACGGCCCCUCAGUCCGGAACUCAGCCCCCUUUGGUGAAUCCGCAGAGAGGAGCCCAGGCGAGUUCGGGGAGCCGGCUCCAGUGAUCAAGCCAGCGAGGCGGGUGAGGUCGGCAUCGCUCCCUCGGGAUGGGCCUGAACGAGACCUAACUUCGGAGUCGGACUGCUCCCCACCACGGGCUCGGGAUGGGAAGCCCAGGACAAGCUUCUCCUCCAGGCAGAGCCCUCCGAGGACGUUGACAUUCAAGGGCCAUUACACAGGGAUGCGCUACCACUUAUCGGCCCCUGUGUCCCCAGAACGGAGGGAAGACACGGGCCCCACUUCCUGCCUCCAUUGCCAAGGGACGAGGACACAAGCUGGCAGUGCAUCCGCAGGGGACACCGUGAGACCCACUCAGCAUAGCACUCCAAAGAAGACGCACUGUCCAAUCUGCAACGGGACUAGGAGCACCCCUCUUUCUAAAACCAGGGACAAAGCAGCACAGGCAACAGGCCGCGGCACAGAGAGCACCUCAUCUCAAGGCUCCGGCCUCAGUCACAAGACUGAGAAGCCACAGCAGCAGCAGCAGCAGCAGCCUGGCCUCUGGUACCUGGCGGCCCCACCUCCAGGCACAGCUAUCAACUACAUCCCAACAGUGCCCCUGGUGCCUUACUCGCCCUCUGUACUCUACUGUUCUCCACCAGCACCUACCUCAGUCCCCGGCCCAGCUGACCUGCCUGCCCAUUACACCAACCAGUACAGAGUGGCAGAGCUGAAGCCCAGGGUCGCCCGGCAGCAAGCCCAUAGUCGCCACCACUCCCUGAUGCUUGACUUCGAUGACCUAGAGGACCUCAACUGGUCCCUGAACUGGGCCGUGGAAGCCGCCAAGAGCAUGAAGCUCACCACCAAGCAAAUGAACAGGUCGCUGACCUCUGAACUGAGCAAGGCCAGGCGCCUGAGAGGAUCCUGCCUCUUCUGACAGAACCUGGGGGCGGCUUCCUCUGGGGCCUGAUGGGGACAGUUUGAGCCGGCAGACUGAGCUUCUCUUAACAUCUGGAGAUAAGCCCCCAGCAAACAUCUGGGGAACUGAUUUGCCAAAGAAUGACUAGACUGACCCUCAGCUUCCCGUGGGGCUGCAGAGCUAUCCUCUGGCACCUGAGGAGCCUGUGACAUACUGGAGUCUCCACAUGGGAUCCAUGUUGGAAGCUGAGCCUGCAGAGUCUCUCCACCCUUCUCCAGAGUCCGCUCAGCCCGCAUGUUACAGUUGCCUUAAGCCUCAAGCCUCUCUGCUCAGCAGGACCAGAGCUGCGGUUGCACUGCGGAUCUCAGCUGCCCCUCUCCGCUUGGCCAGUAGCUUUCGGUGGUUGUUGGUUUUCUUGAAGGAUCGAAUUUGAAGAUGAAGGAAGACAGUGAAAACCUCGGGACACGUGACUAGACAGAGAGCUGCCCCGGCCUCCCAGGGGCCUGAGACCCGCACUUUAGAAUCCGCCCGGCCUCGUCUCUAGAGAGCACUCCACUUUUAAGUAACGUUUUAACUCCUCUUCCCCUUCUCCCCAUUGGCCAGCUUGGAGAUGGACCCUGGCCAAUGGCUUACCAUCGCACUGUGAGUUCCCUCCCCUAGCCCUUGCAGAAAUUCCCACUAGGGCCUUACCCCACCUUGCGUUGCUAAAUCAAUCCAUUUCCACGUGGCUCUGUCCCAGGACAUCACCUCAUAGGGCUGCUAUGGCACAGCCCAGCUGGGACAAGCUCUGUUUACAAGCCGAGUCUUUUCUAGCAUCGCUCUUGUUUUGUGUAGGACCUAUCAGAAUAAGCGUGGAGUUGCCUUUGCAGCAAAGGUUACCGCAGAGUGCUUGUGAUGGAUGGGAUACAGAUCUCUGUAUGUCUAUGUUCAUCGCAAAGGAGUCUGAUCAGGUGUUUAUCUGGAAUUUUAUUGUUGUUCUGGCUGUUGUUGCUGAUGUUAUGUUGGCAUCGGAGGUGACAGGAGAAUCGAAAGGGCUUUGCUUCCGCAGUCUGGAACUCAGCUUGGCUGGGGAUUCAAGAGGAUUGUUCACCUUCUCCUCUUUCUCUUUCUCUAUCAUCUCUCCUCCUCCCUCCCUGUCUGCCCUUUCUGGCUUUGCUGGGGGCGGGGCAGAGGAAGCACAAACGGUCAGUUUCAUUUCUGUUUCUAAGGCCUGAUCCUGAGAGGCAUUGAGCACUCUUGCUUCUCCUUGAAUUUGAGAGAAGUCACAGGAGCUCAGCACCUCUUGAAGGUCAGCCGCGCAGUUAGGUCCCCGCACUGAUUCUCCCGGGCUAGCCAAGUGCUGCUGGUCCGGGAGCUGGCCAAUACUGCAUUAGUUUUUAUUUUAACCUUGUUUUCAUUGGCACUUAUUUUGAACUCUCACAACCAUUUCUAUGGAGAUAAAGACCCAAACCUGCAACCAGAUCCACUAGGGUGCAGCCCCCUUCUCCCACCCCCGCUUGACAAGAGCUGGUAGAAAAAUAUGUGAGUGCGUGUCAUGCAAGUGUUCAUUUUCUCUACAUUUUUUCGUGAAAAAUGUCAACAUGUUCCCACUUUUCACUGGAAAAAAUCUACAGCCGGAAAUAUUUCAGUUUUUGGUUCUCCCCCCUUUCUUUCUCCUUCUUUCUGUGUUGCCACUGAAGAAGCAGAGGCGGAAGGCAAAAAGAAAACAAGCGCUAGAGGGAUCAAUAAUUGAAAAAUUGUAAGCAAAAAAAAAAUUUUGUUCAAAAGUGGGAAAAUUGCAACAACCACACAUCUUCAGAAAUGGUCACUUUUGUAGGGGGGUGAUUUUUUCAUUGGAAUAAAGAUUCGAAUGGAAAAAUUUCAGCCACUCUAUUGACAUCAGUAAGGUUUUUGCAUGGGUGUAAGAGACUGUCUUUCUGUCCAUCUGUCUGUCCGUCCAUUCCCAUCAUAACCAUCUCUCUAUCUAUCUCUAGCUAUCUAUUAUCUGAUUUCAGGAUUGUCAUCUAGGUUUGUAAAUCCCCUCUUUUAAAAAAAAAAAGUUUGAGCCGAAAUUAGACACUGUCCCUUUAAACCUCAGAUCUUUCUGCCAGCUUAGAUUUAGGGUUUGGCUCAUAUCAAGCUGUUUGAUCACCUUGAAGAAGCACCUGUUUGCACGUUGAUAUUUUUAAUGGAACAUUUCUCAUUGUGGUAGCUGGCGAGUGGCUUAAUCACUCUCUCUUCAGGUUUUAGUUGUGUGUGUGUAUGUGUAUGUGUGUGUAUAUAGAUAUAUAUAUUAUUUUUUCAACAUAAUCCUUAAGGCAUUUCACUUUUUACGUGUAAUUUAUUGUUUUUUUAAAAACUGUUCCCACUGUGUGUGUGCUUUCCAAUCUGUGAGAGGUGGUGAGCAAAUUCCUCUCCAGCCUAUAAUGGUCCUUGUCUGUGCAAAUGGUGCAUGAGUACAGGGGCUGGGUCAGAGGGUCACCCAACCAAUCAAGCCUCCUUGGAAAAGGUAGAAACAGGCUCCCUCUACCGUGCAGUAGCAGCCAGUUGCUGAUCUGGUAAUAGGAUUUGAUUAGGGCUUUGCAGAAGGAGAAUAUAGCACAGGUACUGUUGAGGCUGUAUCCUAUUGCAAGCUAGCAUGGAUCAAAGCACAUGCUUGGACAGAGGAGGAAGUCUCUGAAGGGAAGGUACAUUGUGACGUUGCUCCCUAUGGUACGUUGUGCUGUCAAAUUGAAAAGGGAGCUGGCUGUCAAUCUGCCCACAGACUAGAUUUAACUCUCAAAGACUGUUCUAGCAGGGCCUUGUCCUUAUUCCAGCUUGGGUGACUGUUUCUUGAAUGGGUCAUUCAAACUCUCCCAGCAAGAGUGGUACUUACUCUAGUUUCCAAAUCAGCAGUGUAGGGAGAGUUCAACCAUCACUUUAAACACUGAACUGUCUGGCCCUCAAGUGCCAUCUAAAGCCAGGAAUGGAGCCUGGGCGUGGGAGUUAAGGUCACUUGAGGCUUGUCCGCACACAGAUGUUGCACUGGUUUAAUACCGUGGAAUCAUAGAACAUCAGGGUUGGAAGGGACCUCAGGAGGUAUCUAGUCCAACCCC